GUUUGUGGACGGCAAGAAGAGAAAAAAGGCCGAGGAACAAAGCUGCUCAAUUAAAACAACGAGUAACCCAAAUUCAGAAGUACAAUAAUUGUUCAAAUUGUUGUUUUUGCCAAACAAAAGUUUCGGUUUGAUGGCACACGCGAUGACGCUGAAAAAAAAAAAAAACCCUACCAAAUCUCUUGAAAAUCACGAGGAAUGAGCAAAUUGUGUGCGGGCGGAAGUGUCGACCGCUCCAACAUGGCCGCAGCGUCAACACGUCUGGAGGGGUUCCGCUAGUUCAAUUGGUCUCAAAUUCUUGGGGGUGGGAAAUAGAAACGAAUAACGUCACUUCCGGCUUACGACAACAUGGCCGGGGUUGGUUGACAGGUUAGCAGGUCCACUCCGCAGCUUUCUUUCCCUCCCCAAUCUAUGAAACACACGCAUUGAAACAGAUUUCGUUUCAGUGCCUCACGGGAGAUGUCGGAAAUCAAGGUGAGCGCCGGAGAUUCGCAAUGUUUCAUUUGAAAACUAUUUGACUUUUGUUGAACUCGUAUUUUGCGUGCAUAUUAGAACGUUAAAGAGGCACGCGCGUCAAAUUAAACAGGUUGAUUGAGUUGCACGAGACCAGCCAAGAUGGUGGCGGUGAUCGAUCUCUCGCUUCCCGUUGCCUAAUAUUAAGAAAGUUACCUACGAGCUACGUCAUCAACGUGGGCUCUCGACACGCGACACUUCCGCGUUUGGAGUAAGGUGGCGUCGCAACUUCCGGUCGCCAGGGCAAUGCAACGUGACACCAUAAUCCUUGUUGACACCCUUGGCUGGAUCCUCUUGCUUUUAAACUGUCAAAACUUAACAUAGCUGCCAAUCCAUGAUCCAAGCCCGCAUUAUUUUAAGAAUGAGAUUAUUUUUCUAUCCGAAAGAACCCCGCCGCUUUUGAAAUAAAUAUCGGACACCGUUCGGCUGCCCUUUCCCCCGGAGAUGCCUCGUGAUGAAGAACGCUCACGCAGAUCAAUGGAUGUAAAAUGCAGUACAAAUAUCAUUCACGACUGCAUCCCUUCGAUGGCCAUUGAGGAUGCACGUGACCGCAUGGCACAUCCUGCCAUUUCAUACGCAGCGUGAGCUAACGUUACCUCCAGCAGUCCAACCGAGGCUCGUGCGCAGCUGACGCGGCUCCGCUGUGAUCGCUCCAAGCGGAACAGAGUCAUGGACAAGUUCGGGAUGAGUUUUGGGGGCGGCCCGAGCAGGAAGGAUCUCCUGGAAACGAUCGAGUCCCAGAAGAAGCAACUGGCCCAGUACCAGAGCCGCUUCAAGGAUGUCGUGCACGCGUACAAAAGUCUGCUGAAGGAAAAGGAAGCCCUGGAGGCCAGUCUGAAGGUCUUGAGCGGGUCCCGGGACGAGGACGUGAAUCGGGAGCUCCGCGGGCGGCCCGCCGUCUCUCAGGUCACUGACGUGACGGAAGACGGGUGUGACGUCGCAGCGGCCGAGCAGCGACGAGACGGAGAAGCGGACUCCAGAAAAGUCCAGCUGCAGAACCAACUGAGCACGCUCACAAGCGCUCUGGCCACCGUGACGCAGGAGAAGUCUCGCAUGGAGGCCAGCUUCCAGGCCGACAAGCGGCAACUCAAGCAGGAAGUGGAGCGGCUGCAGGAGUGCCUGGACGCCGCCGGCGCGCGGCAGCAGGCCGAGGUCCUGGCCCUCCAGGGGCAGUUGGCCGAGAGCCGCGCUCGCGUCAUCACGCAGCAGCACGAGCGGGAGCAGGAACAAAGCGACCAGUUGCAGCAGCUACAGGAGCUGCAGAAUAUCCUGCAGCAGGAACGGGACCUGCGGCAGGACGCCGAGCUGCGCCUGCACGAGGCUGACGCAAACUGCCCGGCGGCGUCGCACCCCGUCGACCGCGGGGCCGAGCGGGAGGCGCUCCUGAAGCGGACCCGGGAGGAACGGGACCAGCUGAGGCGGAAGCUGCGGGAGGCCGAGGAGAAACCGGAGGCGGCGGAUCCCAGGGUGGAGAGGCUGGAGCGGGAGCUGAGGGAGCUCGACGAGUGCCUCCAGGACCAGCUCCGCAACCGCAACCACAGGUGUGCGCGUGUGCAGGUGCGUCAGGAGGAGGCCCGCGCUCACGCCGCGGAGCUUCGGGUGGCUGACUUGGAGCAGCGCGUGUCAGAGCUCUCGGAUCUUCUGGGUUCUUGCGAGAAGGCCAGGCUGCGAGAGCAGCACGCGGCUCAGAGGCUCCGAGAGCGGCUGGCGCAGUUGGACACCGAGAACAAAAUGCUGGCCGCCGACAGGUCCGCCGCGUACGACUCGGGACCCGACGACUCCCACCUGGACGUGACGGCCCUGAAGGACAAAUUGGACAAGGUGAAGAAGCUGCUGCUGGCCGCUCAGAGGAACCCGCCCGCCAGGACUCAGAGCGAGCCCGAAGCCACCAGAGCCACCGCGCAGCAGGAGGAGCUGCGCCAGCUCAGGGACGAGUUGGAGCGCUACAAGCUCCGAGGAAAGGCGGCCCCCAAGAACACCAACUUUGACGAGGGCUGGCAGGCCCGAGAGCUGGAGGAGGCCCGCGAGCAGCUGGCGGACCUGAGGCAGAAGUACAUCAACCUGCGCAUCGAGAGCGACAAGGCUGCCGUGGCGCAGCGCCACCAGCUGCAGCAACAGCAGCUGCACACCGCCGCACUGUUGCACGGCCAGCGACAGGAAGCCGAGCGGAGGCAGGCGGCCCACCGCGACGAGCUGCUGCAUCUGGAGGCCGAGCUCCACAAACAAAGAGAGAGAACCGUGGCGCUGUUGGACGACAAGGACCGGGAGCUGGAGCGCCUCCGGGCCGCCGCCAAGCCGGACUCUUUGGCACGAGGAGCGUCGCGAGAGGACUCGCGCUCCGAGGAAGAGGAGCGCGAGGCGGACGCUGUCGGCCGAGCCCUGCGGCGCGCCGCGCCCUCCGAGCCCACCUUGCUCCUGUACGCCGAGCAGCUGGCUCGAAAGGAAGUGGAGGCGGCGGGCCUGAGGCGGCAGAAGGGCCUGCUGGAGGACGACGUCCGCCGGCUGCGCGCCAGGGCGGCGGCCGACGCCCAGCGCCACGACGACGAGACGGACCAGCUCCGGGCCCAGCUGGACAAACUGAUCCGGGAGCAGAAGCGCGAGGGCUCCGACGUGGAAUACCUGAAGAACGUCAUCUACAAGUUCCUGACGCUGCCGGACGCCGGCGGCCGGCAGCAGACGCUCAACGCCAUCCUCGCCAUCCUUCACUUCAGUCCGCAGGAGAAACAUUCCGUCCUCAGGCAGCAGGGGGCGCCGUGGUGGAGCACCCACAAGAGGUGACCCGAGCGCACCCACAAACGGGACUUUUGUACAUCGUCCUUUCCGAAUAAAGGCAUUUUUAUUCAACGUUA